UCGAAUUCCGCGUAAACAAUGUAGGUACCGUUGAGAUUAGUCCUAGUUCGCAAUAGAAGAAGAAUGUGAAAGUAACCUUUGUUUUUUAUGCAUAGAAUUUAAAGGUCUUAAAAUUUUAUGAAUUUUAUUCUUUUCCUAUGACCUGCUAUGUUUACCUAAUACUUAAAAAAUGUCUAGUGUUUUAAUAAAGAUAAUAACUUCUACUUUAUAUGAUAAUGCAAGACCUGGUUCAUUAAUUUUUGUUAGGAAUGGUCAUCAUUUACGAGGAAAACCACCAGGUAUUGCAAAAUCUUUAGAAGAAAAGUUAGCAGCAAAGAAUUAUAAGGAUCCGGCUAUACAUUAUAAAGUCGAUAUUGGUUUACCUCCACCACAAAUUAACAAAUCUAAACUUUUACAAGAACGCCUUAAAAUUUUGCGUUCGCGGAAGAAUGAUCCCGAACUGGAAAGAGCAUCUCGAAAAUGCCAGCUCAAAAUUGAUAUUGAAAAGUCAUAUAACGAUUGGCUAGAGACGACAGGGCCAUAUCAUAUUAGAAGAAUUGCUGAGCAUUAUGGUAUUUUUGAACACCUUUUUGGUGAUGCAUAUUUUAAUGCCUGGGUACCGUUAAAUAUUACAUAUGGCAACAAUGACAUUCUUAAUCCAGUAUAUUAUGGUAAUGUACUAAAACCUGAAGAAACAAAGGAUAAACCUUCGGUAAACUUUAAAUCAGACGAAACAUCAUUAUGGACUUUACUUCUCACGAAUCCAGAUGGUCAUUUAACUAACAAUGAAAAAGAAUAUAUCCAUUGGUUUGUUGGAAAUAUUCCUUCAAACCAAUUGGAUAAAGCUGAAACAAUAAUUGACUAUCUUCAACCAUUUCCACCCAAAGGCACUGGGUUCCACAGAUUUGUUUAUAUUUUAUAUAAGCAAAAUAAGAAAUUAGAUUUUUCUGCAUUCAAAAAGGAAGGAAAAUGUAUAGAUUUGGACGAAAGAACUUUUAGCACUUAUGAAUUCUACAGGAGUUUCCAAGAUGAAAUUACUCCUGCUGGAAUCUCAUUUUUCCAGUCAGAUUGGAGCCCAAAUGUCAAGACUUUUUUUAAUAAAAUAUUAAAUAUGAAGGAGCCAAUUUAUGAGUAUGACUUUCCGCCACCCUAUAUCCGGAAAGAUGAAUGGUUUCCUCUAAGACAGCCCUUCAAUUUAUAUAUGGACAAGCACAGAGAUUCGAAACAAGUAAACAAAGAGUUUUUAGUCAGAAAACUGAAGAAUGUCCAUCCAUUUAAAGCGACACCACCACCUGUACCAUACCCUAAUGCUGUGUUCAUAGAUUCAUCAGUUCCAUCUUGGUUGAAAACUGAAAUUCGGAAGUCUAGAAUGAAAUGGGGCAGGAUAAAUGAUAUCGAAUAGACAAAAAAAUAAAGUAUGUUUAUUUAAAAGUU